AGAUUCAUGGAUGCUACGUAUGUUGUGAGGAAACUUAAUAAAAUAAUCAAUAACUGUUGAAUGGGGCAGUAUAGUAGUUGGACCACCGCUCCAAAAGAAGUAAAGGAAUUGUGGUGGAAUUAGUUCAAGCGGAAGUUCAGGUGGGAUGAAGUGGAAGAGAAAGAAGUUAGAAGAAUUUUUAAGAAGAAAGCCGGUGAUCACAUGCGAAAUGUGAUAAAUAGAGCAAAGAGAAGUCAAGAAAAGCCGGAUUUUAUUACAGCUAACAAUUAGACGGAAAUUAAGAGAACUUGGGACACCGAAAAGCAUAAGCAAAUCAGUGAAAUAAAUAAGAAGAAUCGAGCUUCUAGUUCUAGUGAAGGGUCUGCCACAAAUGCUGGGGGCUCUAUCAACAUCGGGGAGCAUAGAAAAAGAAUGGCAGAUGAAUUGGAGACGGAACCAACAUUUAUUGCUACAUUUGAACGCAUAUUUCAGAAAAAAGAUAAGACAUGGACUAGCAAUCGAGCAAAAGCUAUUAAGGACAAAUAUAAUGAACUUGUAAUGAGCACUGCUGCUAGUGGUGGUGAUGGUGAUGGUGUUGCUGCGUCCGAGCCAUCGGUUGACAAUAUGGCAUUAUGGGUGGAGGCAUUGGGUGGAAUGAGAAGAGGUCAAAUAUUUGGGAUGGAAUCCUUGUCAAGGAUAUACACAAUGCCGGCUGCUGCAACUUCAUCCUCAAAUGCGACUUUUUUAAGGAGGUCACAACACGAGGAGCAAAUGACCCAAGAAUUGAACCAACUGAAACAUUUACUUGUACAGAAGGACGAAGAAAUAAGAGGAGUGAAACAACAUUUGCAAUUAAUCAUGCGACACCUCAACCUCGAUCACGAUGACGUUGCUCCUGUACCUCCCACUAAUCCAGUAGGUGAUGGGCACAAUGAUGAGCGACACAAUGAUAAUGAGAUUGCUGAUGAUGAUGAUCCUUGCUAGUUAAAAUUUCCAAACUUGAGGGUAAGCUUGCUUCAGCAUUAUCUAUUUAUUUAUAGGACAAGUUAUUAGUUGUUGCAUUUGUUCAAUGCACAUGUAUCGAUUCUGUUAAAAGUUCAACAA